ACUUCUUGUGCUAUAAAUCUUGUUUCGUGAGAAUCCUUUCAACGCUGACUCUUCGCACAGGUUUGUGCAUAGAGUCCCUUUACGCUUUUUUUUUGUGGUCAGGAUCAGAUUCCAACUCCUCAAGUGGAUUGCUACCAAGGCGUCAUAUCCGCUUUCUAUUCCACAACCUUUUUGUUUACCUUUCCUUACCUGGACCACUCUACAACUUAGAGGCCAUAACAUGUCUUGUGAUUGUGCACGUGUAUAGGGUGUCGGGUAUCAGGGUGAACUGAUUCAGUAAGACUGAGCAUCUUAAUAUGCACACCACAUUAGUUUUCUAAAGCUUCAAAAGGUUGGGUACAGACGUGUGUUCAUUCCUUUGGCUGACCAGGGAUCCAGUGACUCCUGUCGUCAUCUCCUGUUAAGUUCUCGCCUCCUGAAGAGACCGAGGAGAUGCGUGUGUUGUAAUCUCAGGAACGGCCUGGUCGUCACCAAACUCCUUAUUAACUAUUCAUGGUGGACGCAGGUGCCAAAUGGGGCUCUGUGUGUCGACUUUGAGAGGACAGUAGGUGUCAAUGUGAGGAGAAAAGUAAACCCCAAGACCUAGACUAGAGGAAUGGCUCGUCUAAUUCAAUACGAGUUGGAUUCUCAGUUUGAAACCGCAGCAGCUUGAUGGAUUGUGUUUUAGGAGCUGCUAGAACCCAUUUCAAUCAAAAUAUACUGGAUUUUUGUAAGAGUCCAAGCAUUAGUUGAACUACUUUGAUGAUCAAGUAGUUCCAACAAGAGGGAAGUAAACGGAUGAGGUAACGCCUGAGGAAUAAAUACUUUGCUUUGUUUUUUGUGGAUUUGUCAGCAUGGACCCUCCAGUCGUCUCUGUGUCCAGGGUGGAUGUGGACGUGGAUCUUGGUUUUGCCCUCUUCUUCUUUUCCCUGCUCUGCUUCUUCUUGUUGGUGACCAUAGUCCGCUGCGGUCAGAUGGUGCUCGACCCUUACAGUAACAUCUCUGUCGCGACGUACCAGGAGGCACAAGCAGAGGAGUGAUGGACCUAAACAUUAAAGCCUACAGUAACGCCAUCUAUUCAAACGUUGCGAUAACAAAAAUGUGUUUCCUCCAGUCACAGAAUAUGUUUCGGCUUCUAUUAUGACAGUGGUGGAGUUUUGUCUUCCACUUUCUCAA